CGAUUAGGUAGCGGCUGCAGUCGUGUAAGUAACGUGAUCGUAGCCACUUCGAUGCGCGGCGCCUUUUUUAAUGCUUUGACUUUGUGGAGUAUUUUUGCAUGAUUGCUUACCGGUACUAGAAGAUCUAGUUACAACAUGAUGGUGCGUCGACUAGUCGUGGGUUACUACAUCAAUAAGGAGAUCAUGGAUUUGUAGUUCAUCCGGGAAGAACAAUGCUACAGCUGACAUGAAUUUGCGCUGCCUGGUGGCAUUGUUGUUUACUGAUCUUACUUCUGAUUUCCUUUUGAAGAAAUCUCGUCUAACCUUGGACAUCAUUGACAGAAGAUAGCCAUAGCUAUAAAAUAGUAAUAGUAGCUGCAAGAAGUGCAAUCAACGAAAUCAACCAAGAACAUGUUCUUCUCCUUUGCUCCCCGUUAUGAUGUCGGUUGGGGGGACCGGCCUCCUGCGAAAGACAAAGACCCCCUGGUCGGGCCUGAUUGCGGACUUAUACGGAAGCAAAAUCGUGUGCGGCAUUUAGAAAACCUCAACCUGUUUCAGAAGAGCAAAGAACCCAUCGGAUUUGAUUUUCCAACAGAAAGAAGAACCAGCCUGAAACGAGCGUCUGCAACUGGGAGAUCGAGUGCGCGUUUUGCAGGUGUGGGAGGUUCUGGAACGAUAGGAGAUGGCUCAAAUGCUUUUGAUAUUGAGGGAGCACUGUUGGGACGGGCAGGGACUGAGAGUCUCGGAAGGACAGGGACUGAGAGUCCUCUGAUGCUAGCACCUAGUACUUCGGUCUCUCCUACUCGACGACCACACACCGCUAUUGUA